AUAAAUAUAUGUAUUUAGGCAGCAUGACCGAGGGCAAGAACUUACCCCACUCGAGUGCGGAUGUGCCUUUCCGCAGCAAGGAGCUGCGCAAGCAGUCGCUCAUCCAGCACACCGGUUUAGUAGGAGUCAUCGAUGAGGGCACCAAGACCAUUGGCUUCUCCAUUUACACCACACCGGAUUUCAAGGAGAUCGCCGCUCACCGGGUGGAGCUGAGCGUGAUCACUCCCCAGGACGGCUGGUACGAACAGGAUCCGCUGGAGAUGAUGGCCUCGAUCAACAAGUGCGCCGAGGAGGCCAUCAAGCAGCUGCCCGAGCAGGGAUUCUCCGCCAGCGACAUCGCCACCGUGGGCAUUACGAACCAGCGAGAGACAACAAUUGUCUGGGAUGCGGUCACCGGGAAGCCACUGUACAAUGCACUCUUGUGGAAGGACAUCCGCACCAGCACUACGGUGGAGCAGAUCGUGGCCAAGGUGCAGGACCCAAAUCACUUUCGCAGCAGCACUGGCCUGCCCAUCUCCACGUACUUCUCGGCUUUGAAGAUUAGGUGGUUGAGGGAUAAUGUUCCCGAGGUGCGACAGGCGAUCAGGGAGAGGCGUGCGAAGGCGGGAACCGUGGACAGCUGGAUCGUCUGGAAUUUAACAAAUGGUGCCCUCCACAUCACCGACGUGACGAAUGCCUCGCGCACGCUGCUCAUGAAUCUGGAGACCCAAAACUGGGAUCCCGUGCUGCUCAAGACGUUCGGCAUCAAGGAGGACAUGCUGCCCACCAUCCACAGCUGCUCGGAGAUCUUUGGCAAGAUCACAUCGGAGCGAAGUCCGCUGCGUGGCAUGACUCUUAGUGGAAUCAUGGGCAACCAGCAGGCUUCUUUGUUGGGUCAAAUGUGCGUUAAGCCGGGACAGACGAAGAACACCUAUCGCUCCGGCUGCUUUCUGCUCUGCAAUACGGGAGAUAAGCCCGUCUUCUCGCGGCACGGACUGCUGACCACGGUGGCCUAUAAAUUGGGUCCCCAGGCGCCCACGAUCUACGCCAUUGAGGGAGCCGUUUCGGUGGCUGGUCAUGCGCUCUCCUGGCUGCAGAACAAAGUGCGCAUCCUGCCAGACUCCAGGGAUGCGGAGAAGUAUGCCGAGAUGGUGCCCACCUCGGGCGAUGUGUACUUCGUGCCCGCCUUCACUGGACUUUAUGCUCCCUACUGGCGGCAGAAUGCCCGUGGCAUCAUCAUUGGACUGACGCAGUUCACCCGCAAGAAUCACAUAGUGAGGGCUGCGCUGGAGAGCAUCUGCUUCCAGACGCGCGACAUCCUGGAGUGCAUGCAUCAGGAGUGCGGCUACGAGAUCAAUAAGCUCCAUGCCGAUGGCAAGCUGACGACGAACAACCUGCUGAUGCAGCUGCAGGCGGACACCAUUGGCCUGCCCGUCUUUCGCUCCCAGCUGAUGGACUCCACGGCUUUCGGCGCCGCCAUGUGUGCCGCUCAAGCGGAGGGCGUGGAUCUGUGCCAAUUCGAGCCCGAGAAGCGCUACUACGAGAACGUGCACUACGACACCUUCCUGGCCACCACCACGGAUGUGGAGCGCAAGGAGCGCUACGGCAAGUGGAAGAGGGCUGUGGAACGCAGCCUCGGAUGGGUGAUCAAGCAGAAGAAGACGCGGGAGCACACGGAGGAGAACUACCGCAUGCUGUCCUCGCUCCCAGCGAGCAUCUUCCUCAUCAGCAGCUUCGCCAUGCUGGUGCAUUCCCUCGCCGCAAGUGGCCAGUAAACAUGACUCAGGAUUGCCGCCCGGCAUUCGGAUCGAUUCUCGGUUGUGAUAGUAAUUAUUUGUCCGGAUUUCGUUUGGAUCUUACACACUGUACAUAGUCCUCCAAGGACAAUGGGUGGUUGAACGUGCUUUAAACCCUGUAAAUAGUUGCUUACUUAGAGCUGGAACAAGCUCCAACCUACUAAUUUAAGACUAUCCUGUAGCCUGACCUAUCUUAUCCUGUUUUCGUUGCAUAUUCUGUACUUCUUAGCCUUAGAUUGACGAUGGCUGACCGUAUCAGCGCAAUUGUAUAUAGCCAAAGUGCAAACGACGUUUCUAAUUUAAGUAGGUUCCGUACUCGUAUGUGUAUGUAUAUGUAGUGAUUACGCCCCUUAAACAAUAAACACAAAUAAUACGAAACGAAAA